AUGGCAGGAUGGCGAAAAGCACUUUUAGAAACAGGAAGAAUAGGCGACUUGUAUCAUUGUCAGCUCUGUAAACAUCGCUUUUGGGUUAAGCAACGUACUGUAUGUGCCACUUUAUUUCAUUAUAAAGUAUUUCGUAUCGUCCUGACUGCAAUGAUUCUGGGUCUUCUAUUGCUUCCAGCAGGAAACAUCAUGAAAAUACUUAUUCAUUUCUCUGUUCUCUUGAGCAAUCACCCCGGAGGACUCACACAGGCAUGGACAUCCAACUCAUUCUUUGAUAUCUUGUUUAAAAGUGGUCAAACAGCCAUCAUGGCAACAUUCUCACAGAGUUCAACAUCGGAUGCCUCAUCCCAUGUCUUGUUCUCUCCUUUCCCGGUCUGUUCUGCCAAUGGACUGUCUGAUUCACAUUCAUUGCUUUCCAACUGGCUGCUUUAUUACUUUUUAUUUCCCUUUUCCGAUGAUCGUUUUUGGGAGUUGAUCUUGUGUCGGUUGGAACACUUUCAUCUUGGUUUCUUUUUGUUAGGAAGCAUCUGCAAUAUCGUUUUUACUUGUAAAUUAUUGAAUGACAUGUUUGACAUUGUCUUGCUACCACAAGACGAAGAUGAAGACGAAGAAGACGCUUCCUUUAAUGUCUUUUUUGCAAGACUAUGUAAAAUCACAAAGGGUUUCUUGAUAACCCAUUGUUGUUCCUUGAUUGUCUUUUUUUGGAUUUAUUUCAACAUCUUUGCAUUCCAUAUCGAUUCAAACUCUGAACACAUGUUUGUAGCCAAAUUACCACUAUGGAUAUUACGUUGGGUAACAUUAGGCCUUACCGUUGCAGAAUUUGCAAAGAAUGUUUAUCAUGGAUUAAGCAAAAUCAUGUAUGGUGUUGAUCAAGAAGACAUCUUGUCCUUACCAGAACAAUCUUAG